AUGGGAUCAGCGGAUGAAUCGGUGUUUGCCGACGAGGCCAAUACUAUUCAUCGACACAAGCUCGGUCAAGAGAUCGAAGAAGCGUAUGCGAUGACCAAUCAUAUACAGCUCGAGAAGGAGGAGGAAAGCCCGUCGCAGACAGUCAUGCCUCGCGAAGAGCUCAGUCUAGAGAUCGCGGAGGCGAGCGAGAUGGCCAAGCACAUGGAUCCCUACCACCUCAUCCGCGCGUACAUCGACAGGAGCAUGCUCCCUCUGAGUCUCAAGCACCGGCAAAGUGACGAGGACGAUAUCGAAGCUGAGGCGCCACAACCGAAACGGGCGGAACUUGAAGUGGAUGACGAGGAGAUGCGGUCGCUGUUGCUUGAAUGUAGGAGGCUCGGUUCGUUGUAUGUGUCCAACCAGGCAGAUGCAACGGACUCUGGAAGAGUAGAUUGA